CAAAAGAACCAGACGAAUUAACAGAAAGAGUCCAAAAGCUACGCCGACAAUCGGCGCCGAUCUAAUCAUCCGAGUCCAUUUCUUAUCCUGAUCGAACCGAUUAGCCACCCGACCGGACCAAAUCCCAACGAUCGAUGACAGGACGCAGGGUCCAGAUCCGCACCCGGGUGUACGCCCCUGGAGAUCCAGUCGCGCCUCGCCAGAGAGCUCCCCAGUCGCUUCCUGGGUACGAAGGCCGUGAUAAUUUUUUUUUCCCUCGCUCCGCUAUUCGCCCCGCCCUUCUCUUCUCCGAAGCCACUUUCCAACUCCGAGGAUGGCAAUGGCGGUGGACUCCGCCGGCGAUCCCGCGAAGGUCGAGGUGUCUGCUGCGAGGAUCCCGUCGGUGCCCAAAUCGUCCGUGAGCUCGGAGGACGAGAUCCGUGCCGUCGCCCGCAAGUUCUCCGAUCAGCCCGUCCAGAACCCCGACCCCGGCGUCUGGGCCGUUCUCACCGCUAUCUCCAAGAACGCCCGCCAGCGCCCCCAGGGAAUUAAUAUUCUUUUGAGUGCGGACGAGCAUUGCUUGGGCCGAUGUGCUGAGGAUACGCAUUUCCAGAUUGGAGCACUUGCUGUUAGUGCAAAUCAUUGCAGACUUUUUAGGGAUAGAGUAGCUGCUGCAGAUGGAGAGCUGGAUCCUGAUUUGUCUGUGCCGGUUUUUCUAAAAGACACAAGCACGAAUGGGACAUAUCUCAACUGGACAAAGCUAAGAAAACAUUCUCCACAAGCUAGACUUCAGCAUGGGGAUAUAAUAUCUUUUAUUGCUCCUCCACAUAAUGAUAACUCUUAUGCGUUUGUGUAUCGAGAAGUGCAAAAAUCCACUUCCUUAGCAAAUGUUGCAGUUUUGAAAAGAAAGUCUGAGGAUGUUGUCGCUGAAAGCAAGAGGCUGAAAGGCAUUGGCAUUGGUGCACCUGAUGGUCCAAUUUCACUAGAUGAUUUUCGAAGUCUUCAACGGUCUAAUAUGGAGCUCAGGCAGCAAUUGGAAUCUCAUGUUCUCACAAUUGAGACCUUGCAUAGUGAGCAUCGGGCAUCCAUUGCUCGACAUGAAAAUGAAAUGAAAGAGCUAAAGGAGAUGGUAUCAAAUUCUUUUGUUGAUCAAAUUAAAGAGCUGCAGCAGGUGUUAGAUGAGAAGCAGAAAGAACUAGAUGUGCUCAGCACAUUGUCAGCUGAACUACGGAAUUCAGUAAAAGAUCUUAAUGAAAGACUUAGUGCGUCCAUGCAAUCACGAGUUGAUGCUGAUGAGAUAAUUCAGAGUCAGAAAGCAGUUAUAUCUGAACUUGAAUCUCAGUUAGAUGAAGAAAGAAACUUGAGGAGGGAGGAGCGGGAAAAGGCUGCAGCAGACCUAAAAUUUGCAUUACAGAAAGCUCAUUCACAGGCUCAAGAGGAAAUUAAGCAGCAGGCUGAUGUUUACAUAAAACAACAUAAAGAGCAGCAGGAAGUUAUUUGUAAGCUUCAGGAAUCAGAAAAAGAAAGUCGUUUGCUUGUGGAAACACUAAGAUCCAAGCUGGAAGAUGCUAGGGAAAGCCUUGUGAUGUCCGAGAAAAAUGUUAGGCAACUGGAAGACCAGGUUCAGGAUGGACAACUAGCCUUUGCUAACAGCAGAAAGAAAUCGGAAAUGCUGGAGUCUGAAUUGAAAAGACUGCAGAAGGAACUUGAAAGUGAAAAGCAGGUGGCCCGAGAAGAAGCAUGGGCAAAGGUCUCAGCUCUUGAGCUUGAAAUAGGUGCUGCAAUUCGUGAUCUUUCUAUGGAGAAACAAAGGUUCCAAGGAGCAAGGGAAAGAAUAAUUCUGCGGGAAACGCAGUUACGUGCCUUCUAUUCAACAACUGAGGAAAUUACUGCAUUGUUUGCGAAACAGCAGGAACAGCUGAAGGCAAUGCAGAAGGCUUUGGAAGAUGAAGAGAAUAAUGAGGAUGCAUCAAUAGGCAUUGAUCUGAAUGAAGUAGCACUGAGAUAUGUAAAUGUGGCUUCUGUCAGUGGAAGAGAAGUAGGUCAACCGAGCUACAAUGCAAGAGAAGCUUCUGGUUCUUCUCCAAAGAAUGCCCAAGCCAUGACAGACAGUUCUGCUGAUGAUACCAGCACUACGGAGAAGCAUGACUGUGACGUGGGAAGCCAAGACGGCAAUACCCAAGACUUAGAAUGCACGAGUGCGGAUAGAUUGGUUAAAGGAUUUGGUUUAGACAUUGAUGGUGUUGGCACAGCAGUGGUUCCUGAUGGGGAGCCUACAGACACUGAGCGAGUUCUUGGAACAGAAAGCCAAGCUGGUGAUACAUGCUUUGACGAUCAAAGCACUGCUUUGCAAAAAUGCAGUAAUCUGGGAGGAGACACAAUGCAGCUUGAUGAUGAAGCCCAGGUCCUGGAAAACUUGGAACCCGCUGGGAGGCUUGAAGGCCAAACUGGUGGUUGCUCUCAGUCAAGACUGGAAGAUACAGAGACUGGUACAAUCAGGACGACUGAUCUGUUGGCCUCUGAAGUUGCUGGUAGCUGGGCAGUGAGCACAGCUCCUUCUGUCAAUGGAGAGAACGAGUCCCCAAGAAGCAUUGGUGAUCCUGAUGCUGGUGGUGAAGACACUGCAACUGCCGCUGCCACACUUCUGCCCUGCUCUGAUGGUCAGGCAGCAGGGAGUCAGAGCAAUGGUGUUAAUGCAGUCCCUAAACUGAGCAAGGAACAUCAGGUGCUGAAUGCAAUGAUUGCAAUAGUUGCACCUGAUUUCAGGCAGCAUUUGCACGGUGGCAGCGGGGAGGAGAAGAAUGAGUCCUUGUCUGAUGCAGAAACUGAGGGUAGCAACAAUAGUGAUGCAUCUGAUGGUGAUGAUACUGAAGAUGAUUCAGAGAAUGAUGCUGCAAAUGAUGACAACGAAGUGAUGAUUGAAGAUUCUGUUGGGUGAGUAAAAUGGAGAUGAGCUAAUGGCCAAGGUAGACAAGGUUCAGGAAGUUCUUUUUGAUUGUAGAUAUGUGAAUAUGUUUUCCCAUGUAUUUUAGUUGUAUAUAGAUGCCAGAAGGAAAGAUUAUUUUGAUGCUAUGGAGAGAAAUUGUUCAUGCUUUUAGUGGUUUAUAUUGGCUUGGUGCAAGAUGUGCCUAACCAUUCAAAGCGAAAAUGGUCGUCUGCGCUGCAAUGAGAUAAAUUAAUUUUGGAUCUUCCCAGUAAGAUUUGUUGGCUGCUCAGAUAUCUAACAGCUGAUCUAAGUUCAUACCUUUGAGCCCGAGAGGGAUACGACUUAAUUGGUCAAGAACAUGUCCCCUGGGUACAAGCCUUUGUUUUCUGUAAAAAUAUCAUCAAAUUUAUUUUCCCUGUUGCAUGUGUGAUUCAUGAAGACUGAUUGAAGCAUAAGGAAUAUUUGAUCAAUCACAGGCUGCAUCAAUCAAUGUAAUGUUAUAUUUUUCA